AAAAAACAUUGGUCGUUAGUGGGGGCUUAAAAUGAUCCCAUAAAAGAACUUUGAUGGGAAAAAUUCGUCCAAAAAAUGCUUUAACAUCUAAAAUGAUCUUGACAUAAUGACAUACUACAUAUAGUCAAUUACCCUUAAUUUUCCACGGUGUAUUUUUCUUCUAUUUUCUACUUUGUUCAUUUUCUCUCCUACUUGUUCUACACUAUAUUCAUGCCUAUGACUACUUAUUUACUUCUUAAAUAUUGUGUCAAACUCUUAUUUCCUUCUUAAAUAUUGUGUCAAACUCUAGAUCUUUUAAAACUUUAAUUUAACUAUGUUAUUCUCAUAUAAACUCCUAUAUGCAACAACCUAACGGUCUUUCCACUCAAUUCACCUGUCACUGACGCCUUUCCAGAAAGCCAACCUUUCCCAAGCUCUUUGAUCAGACUCACCAACCACAGGAAGCGCGCUGAUCUGAGAAAAAGAAAGAGUGAAAACAUAAUCCGAUCGGUAAUGGCUAGCUUAGCCUUCAGCAGUAAUAGCUGCAAAAACCCAUGCAUAGCCCUAAUGAACUACUUAAGCUUCCUAUCCGCCAUCCCCAUCCUGGUCGGCGGGGUGUGGGUCAGAAGCAGAGCUAAAAGCACCGACUGCUUCGAGUUCCUGCACUGGCCCAUCAUCCUGAUCGCCGUCGCGAUCAUGGUCGUCUCCGUCGCAGGCUUCGCGGGUGCCUUUUACGGGAUCGACAUCCUCAUUUACGUCUACGUGUGGUGCACGUUCGGCAUCAUGGUCGUCCUCGUCGGGUUCCUCUUUUUCGCAUACGGCGUCACGGAAGGGACGGGCCGGCCGGUCUUGAACCGGAUGUAUAUGGAGUAUUUCCUCCUGGAUUUCCCGGACCGGUGGCUGAAGGAGACGGUCACCAGUCCGGGCAGUUGGAGGGAGAUCAGUUACUGUGUUAGGGGUUCUGGGGUUUGCGGGAGUAUGAUGAGGAGGGGUGGUAAUGCAAUUCCUCAAACUGCAGCUGUGUUUUACAGAAGAGAGCUUAGCCCUAUUGAGUCUGGAUGUUGCAAACCGCCAACGGCAUGUGCAUAUGGUUAUGUGAAUGACACAUUCUGGAGACCCCAAAGGGGAACAUGGGCAGCUGACCAGGACUGUGGAAGAUGGAACAAUGCCCCAGAGCAACUAUGCUACAACUGUGACUCAUGCAAAGCCGGUGUGCUGGGCAGCCUGAAAAACAGCUGGAGGAAGGCUUCUGUUAUCAAUACCAUCAUGCUGUUCUACCUAAUGGCUGUAUAUGUGGUGGCAUGUACAGCGUUUAGGCUCAAGAAAGAUGAAGAACCUUAUUAUGAUGAUGAUGAUGAAGUUAAGCCUGAGAAAGAAGGGACAUCACAUUAUAAUGGUGAUGAAACUUAUAAGUCUGGGAAAGAAGGCACAUCACAUUAUAAAGGUGAUGAUGAAAAUGAGUUUGAGAAUGAUGGGUUGCCUUAUGUUGGUGAUACCAAGAAUGGAAAAGUUCAUUAUAGCAAAAAGUUCAAAAUAGAAGAUGAAGAGAUGGUCGAGAAGUGAAAAGUGAGGAUGGGAGAGGCAUUGAUCGAAUAUGUAUUUUUGGUUAUUCUUAUCUUUCUAAGAUCAAGGAUUUAUGAAUGCAUGCCUUUUAUCAUUUUGUAAAAUGAAGAAUGUAGAUUGCUGAAAG